GUUGGCUCUCCUCUCCUGCUCUCUGUUUGGAAGGGAGAUAAAAUGCCAGGUCUGGAUCUAGACAGCAGCAUCUGAGGAUAACUGAAGCUCUGCGUUGCCUUAUUAAGAUGAUGGAAAUAAGGACAAUUCUUUAAGCUAGGGGGGAAAACCAUCUAAUUCACCAUCAAGGCUCAGGGAGGAGAACAAUAAGAAAAACUCCACCUGUUUCUCAUUUCUGCUUUAGUGUUGUUGUUUUCUAGAGGGAAUGUAACCAUCUCUGGUGCUGGUGCUUCAAGCCAUCCUUGCUAUUUUUGUCAAUUCUCAAGAGGUGCUUGUUGGAAUAUCAAACCUCCAUGUAUGAUAAUUUGUACCUACAUGGAUUGGAAGACUCCGAGGCGGGUUCAGCUGACUCCUACACUAGCCGACCAUCGGACUCAGAUGUCUCCUUGGAGGAGGAACCGGCAGGCGGAAAGCUGGAGAAGGAGCAGCAGGCUGCUGUACAGCUGGAGAGGGCCAAGGCCAAAGCCGUGGCCUUUGCUGUGAAGACUAACAUCAGUUACUGUGGAGCCCUGGAUGAGGAUGUCCCUGUGGCAGGAACCGCCAUCUCCUUCGAUGCCAAGGACUUCCUGCACAUUAAAGAGAAGUACAGUAAUGACUGGUGGAUUGGCCGGCUGGUGAAGGAGGGCUGUGAGAUCGGAUUCAUCCCCAGCCCUCUGAAACUAGAGAACAUCCGUCUACAGCAGGAGCAGAAGAGAGGUACACGCUCUUACGGUAAGUCCAGUGGGAAUUCCUCCUCCAGUCAAGGAGACAUGGUUUCAGGCGGGUUCAAAUCCAACCCUCCCUCUGCAGGAAAACAGAAGCAGAAAGGGACUGAAAACAUCCCUCCCUAUGACGUGGUCCCCUCCAUGAGACCAGUGGUCCUGGUAGGACCGUCCCUGAAGGGAUAUGAGGUGACAGACAUGAUGCAGAAAGCGCUCUUUGACUUCCUGAAGCACAGGUUUGAUGGCAGGAUAUCUAUUACGAGAGUAACAGCAGAUAUAGCUCUGGCCAAGAGGUCAGUGCUCAACAACCCCAGCAAGCGGGCCAUCAUCGAAAGAUCCAACACCAGGUCCAACCUAGCGGAGGUUCAGAGUGAGAUUGAGAGGAUAUUUGAGCUGGCCAGAUCCUUACAGCUGGUGGUCCUGGAUGCUGACACAAUCAACCAUCCAACCCAGCUCAUAAAGACAUCCUUAGCACCUAUCAUCGUGCAUGUUAAAGUGUCCUCUCCUAAAGUUCUUCAGCGGUUGAUCAAGUCGAGAGGGAAAUCCCAGAGCAAACACUUGAAUGUGCAGCUGGUGGCAGCAGACAAACUAGCACAGUGCCCUCCGGAAAUGUUUGACAUCAUUCUGGAUGAGAAUCAGCUGGAGGAUGCAUGUGAUCACCUGGCAGAGUACCUGGAAGCCUACUGGAGGGCAACACACACCUCCCUGAGCACCCCUCUCAACCCUCUGCUGGGCCGCAACCUGGGAUCCACUGCCCUCUCUCCGUACCCCACAGCUAUAACUGGGCUGGUCAACCAACCGGGUCAAAGAAACACAAACAGGAACAGCAAUCACACAGCAGGAGAACACUCGCCAUCAGACGAGAACUACCACAAUGAGCGGCAGAGGAAGAGCCGUAACCGCCUGUCCUCCGGCUCGCAGCACAGCCGGGACCAGGUCCACUACCCCCUGGUGGAGGAGGACUAUCAUGACCCCUAUCAGGACACGUACAAGCCCCACCGCAACCGUAACGGCUCCCCCGGAAGCUACAGCCAUGACUCCAGGCACAGGCUUUGAGCUGAAGACCCCCUUAUGUCACUUAGGCCUCUCUUCCCUUCACAGUGGGUACGACACAGCCACACGACCACUCUCUAGUUUAAUUGUACUGUAACCAACUUUUUUUAUAAAGUGUUAGCACCUCGCUUUUCCUCUGGCACUGGUUCACGGUGAAAACGUGAACAUUGACCAACUAAAAAUCUAAUCUCUAUGCCUUUUUCUUAUGAGGGAGACGAAAAAAUAGGAUGAGGGCCAGAUUUUCACCAUGUUUUUUUUCUAAGGGAAGGCCCAACUCUGGGCUUGUCUUCUUUUUAACAUGGCAGAGCCUUGACAUGUUGGUGUGAAAGGGGUCACCAUGUGGUCUGGCCAUCGACUCCCUGUUGUCUCAGUGUUAGCAGGGCUAGUUGUCGUGGUGGUCUUGGUGACCCAUCAACACCUGCCUCGAACUAGUGCCAGACAGCGCCUAGCGUCCCUCGAUCAGCACAGAACUUCUUUGCACAUUUCCAGGAGCCAAUAGCAGCAGAGUCAGUGCACUGUAUAUUUAAUCAAUGUCACUAAGUUGUUUGAAAUUGUCUUGGAUUUGAGUGUUUUCAGUCCUGUAGCCUACAACCAGUUUCUCAGAGUCGGCAAAGUUCCUGUUUGUCAAAAUGUUGAGGGAUUUUUUUAGGGGGGUCCUGAAUCGGAAUCUUCUAGUUUCCAGGGCUUUUAUCCCCUUCUUCUCCUCAAUUAUACUUAGCUAAUGCCUUUGGGGCGGCAGGGUAGCCUAGUGAUUAGAGCAUUGGACUAGUAACCGAAAAGUUGCAAGUUCAAAUCCCUGAUCUGACAAGGUACAAAUUUGUCGUUCUGCCCCUGAACAGGCAGUUAACCCACUGUUUGUAGGCCGUCAUUGAAAAUAAGAAUUUGUUCUUAACUGACUUACCUAGUUAAAUAAAGGUUAAAAACAAAUCACACUUUUCUAAUAAAAAUUUGCUAAGUAAAUUAAGGCAGUUGCAAGUUUCAUAUCUUGUGCUCUUUCAGGAAAGGGUGCAUCCCUUCGUUAUAUACAGUACCUUAACACUCUAGUGUGAGGACUAUUCCUAUCAGUUUUUAGUAUGCUGCAACCAAGAGGAAAUAGUCUAAUUGAAGUUUUUCCAUUAGUACUAUUGACUAGGAAUAAAGUAUACAGUAGAGAGGGAUGAAAGGAUAGGCUUUAGUAUAGAUGGAUAUACUUCCAAUCAGGGAAAUAUUGAUCAUUUGAAUUGAGGUAUACCACAUUCCAUUUACUGUACAAGCAGCCUGUUAUAGUGAUGCCAUUUGCAUCAUAUUUUAUUGUCUUUUAAAUGGUCUUGUGAAUUCAAGUGUAAUAUAUUCAAAGAAAGUCCUGCUUGGCAAGUAAAGAAAUAACGGCUGUCCGUGGACCGACGUUUCAUUGGUUUAGAAUGAUCAAUGGCAGCAUGUCUUUUUGUCAAUAUACAGUAUGUCAUGGAAUAAUGAUUCAGUGCUGUUAUGUAUGUGUUAGGCCAGAAAAAUCCCUAGGAGACUGUAGUUGAGUGAGUGACUGUUGUUUAGGACAGUCUCAUUUGAACAAUUAAUUUAGUCAACAGUAACACAUAAGCGGAUGAGAGCGCUUCAUUCAGUCUGCUAUGAAGUUAUAUUGUUGAUUUCAUGAAACAAAGAAAUUGUGAGUCUAACAUCAAACAUUUGGUCAUAAUUACUAUGUAAAGCACUUUGUGUGUCUAGAAAGGCGAUAUAUAAGUCAAAUCAAUUAAUUGUAAUUAUUUGCCAACCAUCAGCUCUUCUUUUCAAUGCCCCAUUUAAAAGUCUUCCAUGUCCUGGCCAUUAAAAAUACAUUAUGUUGUUUUUUAAUGAACGAUUUUACUUUCCUAAGCAUUGCAUAUCAAAACACCAUGACAAAUGAAUUGUUCAAAGCCUUAUUGCUUAACCCAGGCCUUGUUUUAAACUUUUAG